AUGGCAUAUCAUGGCAUGAGGACGGGGAGCCUUUCGGGGGAACUUCCACCCCUGGAGAUCCCUGGAGAUCCCUUGGGAGCGGAGGUAUUGGCGAAAGCAAAUGCAACGCUCAGAAACCGGGACUGUUUUCCACGUCAGCUUUCCAUGCACGCCUGGCUGCUGGCGCUGGUGCAGCUGGCCUCAGCAGAAGUCCUCUGCUGGAGGGACUCGGUCCCACAGAGGAGUCGGAGUGCCUGGUCAGAAGCUCGCUGCUUGUUGCAGAGAAACGCGGAGGUGCCGCAGUGCGGCUGGCGCGUAGCAAGUCGUAGUCCCGCACAGUGGCAGGUUUCGGCCACCUUGGAACACAAGGAUGGCAUUUGUGACUUGACAUGGGCACCUUCUGGGCGAUUGACCGCGGCCACUGCAGAUGGUACGGUGAGCCUUUGGGAGGCUGCAGAGUCCAACUUUUCGCUGGAGAACCAUCCGCCAUGGACCUUGCGGGCCCUGCUGGGCGCCACAAGCCACGCUCCCGUGCGCGACGUCGUUUGGUCUCCAGAUGGCGAGCUGCUUCUGGCCGCCAGCGUCAGCGGCAGCCGCGUGUGGCGGUUGGCUGGCAAUGCCAGCCGCAUUCAUGUUGAAGCAGCUGAAGCAGACAACCAGAGCGAGAUUGUCGAGACGGAGUCCUUCGAUGUCCCAAAUUCCACCAACGAAACCUGGCGACGGAGGAGCUUGGAACCACCUGCAGUUCAGGGUUUGUUGCUGGAGCCCUGGGCAGUGCACUCCAUGCUACAGCAGCCAGACACGGCAUUGGCUGUGGAGUGGAGCAGCAACGAAAGCGCUUUGGGCCGUGUGCUGGCUGGCAUGAGAGAAUUCACAGCCUGCUCUGUGGCCGAAGGUGGCUUCGUGCCGUGUGCAGAGUAUGGCCACGAACGUCGCAUGGGCGCCACAUAUCUAGGCUUGAAGCACUCUGCUGCUAUUUGGCACUCAAGUGAGGCAAUGCCAAAUCGAUGGGCCUUAGAAGCGACCUUUGAGGGAACCAGCCAUUUGGUGGUCUCAGCUCGAUGGUCACCAGAUGGAAAGCGUGUCUUGACAGGUGGCAGUGAUGGCUUCGUCCGCGUUUGGGAACUCCAGGAUCUCGAUUUCCAUGGCAGCGGUCGAAAGCGUUGGAACAUCUUGACGGAACAACACGUCCAGAACGAGGCUGUUCGCGCCAUUGCAUGGUCGCCAGAUGGCGAGGAAGUGCUGACCAGCAGCCAACAUGGUGCCAACAUUUGGCGACCCUUCAAUGGCAGUUGGGAAUUGCAGGGUUCUCUUACAGCGACAAAUGGGCAAAAAUUGAUGCCCAAUUUGACCAACACAGCAUUGCACUCGCCGGAGAAUUCACCGCGUUUGGACACUUUGGACCCUGAUGCUAAUAUGCAUUGGAUCUCGCGUUGGUCGCCCAUUUGGGUGGCUGCCUGGUCUCCGGAUGGUCACCGGAUCCUCACUGGCAGCAAAGAUGGCUCUGCCCGCAUCUGGCUUCGAGAUCCGUCCCUGAUGGAAGCAUGGACAUUGGAAGCAACGCUUCAUGGUCAUCGCCAUGAGGUUUGGGCUGUCGCCUGGUCCCCGGAUGGUCUGGAGUUGGUCACAGGCGAUCAGGUCGGCAAAGUUCGUCUGUGGCGAGCGGGAGACAAAGCCGCAGAAGCUCUACUGGUACAGACCACUGCACCACAGUAG